CAUUGUCGAUUUGUAUUGCCGGCCUUCUUGCUCUAUCUGUUACAAGUUUGUCAUGCUCACUGCUCGCAGUCUGAGGCCGAUCAAACGGCUCAGAGCUCCGUCUGCAGCUUCCGUUACAAGACGAUCCCUCACUUCUUCCACCAAGCUCUCAGAUCCACUUCGUGUUCUGUUCUGCGGCUCAGAUGAUUUCAGCAGAUACUCACUUCGAGCUUUACAUGAACUGAAGCAAGAAAGUCCAGAAACCAUCGGCUCACUUGAAGUUGUUUGCAGACCUGACAAACGGACCGGACGAGGUCUGAAGCAGGUUCAUGAAGUCCCCAUCAAAUCCGUUGCACAGUCUCUCGGGCUUCAACUUCAUCAGAUCGACACAUUCAAAGGCUGGACUCCGCCAUCGCCAUUCGACCUGAUCGUGGCGGUAUCCUUUGGUUUACUCGUACCUCCUCGGAUCUUGAACGCCGCCAAGUAUGGUGGUCUUAAUGUCCAUCCUUCGCUGUUGCCCGACCUUCGUGGACCCGCUCCUAUCCAGCACGCCCUGUUACAAGGUCGAUCUCACACCGGCGUCACACUGCAAACAAUGCAUCCGAGCAAGUUCGAUCAUGGCAAAAUAUUGUCCCAAACAACAUUGCCCGGAAUCGAGAUUCCUGAGGAAGCCAGUGUACAGCAGUUGAUCGACGUUCUCGGACCUCUUGGUGCGAAAAUGCUUAAAGAAGGUAUUCAGCAAGGGCUUUUCAAACAUCCGGAGGUCGCCGACAGCGCAAAUGGAGUCGAUGAAGCUAAUCUCGUUCACGCCCCAAAAAUCACCAACGAAGAUGCUCAUGUGAACUGGGAAUCUUGGCCAGCGGGCAAGGUUUCUCGCUAUGGACGCAUGUUGGAUCUCUGGGACACCACGACGUAUCGUGCAUGCACUGGCAAAGAUUCUUUGCGAGUCAAGUUCAAGGGACCGUGGCGCGUUCUCGACUCGAGUAAGAUCUCAAGUGACGACCUGGCAUAUUCAAGACCUGGAUCUCCCUUCGUGUGCCGUGUUGAAGGCGAGAAGGGGCUUCAGUUCGCCAUUGAGACCGUGAACGGGUACCUGAUGAGUCCACAGAGCGCCAGCAUUGAAUCGAAAGAGCCUGGAAAGGGCCUGCAGGUUCUGAUUCAGGGCUUGCAACAUGCGAGGAAGAACUCGUGGCUGUGAGUGGACAUCCAUUCUGGACUGCUCUCUGAUCUUCGAGAUGUUCUCAUAAGCAAACAUGUGCUGCCGGCCAGUACAUAACGAUGCAGAGCUCAUGGCAUAUGCUGUGUUUCACGGAAGCUCUACGAAGUCCGCAAACAGAAGCGAGCUCAAGCCAGCAUGAAUGUCUCGUCUGCA